UAUCACUGUGAUAGACAAUUGCCUCCCCAAACACAUCUUCUUCAGUGAACUACAGACCGGAAUAUGCUCCCGUGCUAGUAAAAAGGUUGCUCUAAAGGACUGCAAUGCCAAUCCUAAUACCAGGGAAACUUUUGCCCAAAACUGUCCAGCCUGGAGGAGUGCUGUCAUAAAGGGAGCACCCACAUAUGAACAACAUCAUAUCCUGACACCCCAGAACAAGCGUAAAAAAUAUUUUACACAGGCUCGUAAAAACCAUGCUGGAGGAACAGAACCAUAUGGAAAACAGUGGCAGGUUGGUGAUGUUGUUGGGUGUCUGCUGGAUCUUCAUGAUCGAACUAUCAGUUUUACUUUGAAUGGUGAGCUACAGCUUGAUGCAAUGGGUGGAGAGACUGCAUUUGCUGACAUACCUGUUGGUGAAGGUUACCUUCCAGCCUGUACAUUAGGAAGUGGACAAAAAGCUAAACUAGUGUUUGGUCAUGAUGUUAAUACCUUGAAGUACUUCACUACUUGUGGCCUGCAAGAAGGCUACCAGCCUUUCUGUGUGAACAUGAAUCGACAAAUGGCAUUUUGGUACAGCAAAGAUGAACCACUUUUUGUUAACGUAGAUGAAGCUGCAACAUCUCAUGUGGAGAUAACAAGGAUACCACCAGGGAGUGACUCUCCCCCAGCCCUGAAGAUCUCUCACAAAAUGUUUGAGACAGUAGAAAAAGCAAACUGGGAAUUUCUACGACUAAGCCUGCCUGUUACUUGUCAUGAUGAGUUUAUUAAUGAGACAGAAAAAAUUCAUAGAUUAGAAGAAAUGAGGCGUAGACAGAGACGAGCAUUAGCAGAAAAGUCUGGCAUUCGUCAUCCAGCCAAUCUAGAGCAACAUAUGCUGAAGAGUGGUUUCAGUUUAUCUGACAUCAAAGACUUGCAACGAGGUUAUUCUGAAGAUGUUGUUCAAACCAUGAGUGCCCUUAACCUGGAGCAAGGAAAGCGGUUAGUCCAGCCACCACAACCUACCCUUGCACAGCAGAGAUCAGGCUCUAAUAGCAUGUUGCAUAAAACUCAAUCUUUUGACCUAGCAAUGUCUAACCUAUCUGUACCAGGUGAAAGGGCCCCAGAUCCUUCAAAAUUGAGAGCUGCAUCUAGUGAAGAAGCUCUGCACAAGAAAGGCAUAGACAAGAGUUUAAAGAAAAGCUCUACACCUGAGCCUUCUUCAAGCUUCAGGGAUGAUAAGCAGAAAAAGAGAGGCCGUUCGCCCUUUCGGUUCUUUUCAAAGAAAAAGGAAGGUUUAGAGAGAAGAGAAAAAAGUGCUACAACACGUACUGGAGGAUUAGAUCAGAACAAGCAGUAUGGUUAUGACUUGCCUCCAGAAAGAGAUAAACCACUUUCUGCCCCUAUGGGUGCCACUCUGAGUGUCCGAGCCCCUGCAUUACAAGUAAUCUCUGCUAGCAGUUCUUCCAAUAUUGGAGUACCAUCUGUACCUGAUCGGCCAACUAGUCUCACAAGUGGAGGCAAUGUACCGGGAGGAACAGGAUCCCCCGAAAGACCUAUGAGUAGCAAUAGAAAACAUUCUCGUGCCGUCAUUCAAGAGCCAGAAGACUCUACUGACCAUGAAGUGGCAAAUGUGGGGCUUGAACUCCUUGAUGAAUACUUCUAUGGUGUGAGAAUAUUCCCAGGGCAAGAUCCUAACCAUGUUUAUUGUGGCUGGUCAACAACAACCUACCAUUAUUUUGACAAAAGUUUUGAUAAUAGUAAAGUUCGCAAAGUGAUGUUUCAGUAUUUGGAAGAAGGAUCUCAUCUGGAAGUUUUAGAGAGACAGAAUUGUUACAUGAUAUGUGCUGGACAACUUCACGCAGAAGUUAACCAGAGUGAAGCUGGGACUCGGAGCACAAACCAGGGAAUGUAUGUAGGCUGUCACAUUGACAUCUCUACAGGAAUCCUCACAUUCACAGCUGAUGGAAAACCAACAAAACACAGGUUUAAGAUGGAACCUGGGAUGAAACUCUUCCCUGCUGUUUUCUUUGAAGCUACCAGUAAAGAUUCUCUACAGUUUGAACUAGGUCGAACAAAUGACACACUCCCGUUAUCAGCGGCAUUAUUACAUAGUACAGAAAAACAUAUUCAUCCACAAUGUCCACCAAGGUUAAAGGUUCAGUGUCUUCAACCUUUUCAAUGGGCUCGGGUUCCAAACCAAUCCUUAAGACCACAUGCUCUGAAACUCUCAGACAUUCGUGGCUGGAGCAUGCUGUGUGAAGAUCCUGUUUCUAUGCUUGCCAUCCAUAUCCCUGAAGAAGAUCGGUGUGUGGACAUAUUGGAACUAAUUGAAUUUGAGAAGCUAUUAAGUUUUCAUGCUCACACCCUUGCUUUGUAUGGUGCUCUCUGUUUCCAAGGCAACCACAGAGCAGCUCACAUUAUCUGUUCCCAUGUGGACACCAAACAGUUGUUAUAUGCCAUUCAGUCUGAGUAUAUGUCUGGUCCAUUGAGAACAGCAUUUACUGAUCUUCUCAUUGCUUUACAUUUAGAAUUUCAUGCUUAUGCAAGAAGUCUGACUCAAAAUGAGUUCAUUAUACCAAUGGGAUCUCAGAUUCGAGCAAUGUAUGAAGACCCUGUUCUUGCUCAUUCAUUUUCUACUUUACAGUGUGUUUCCAUCAGGCCCCAGAUGACCAUGAGUCAUACCCUAGAAAGGACUGAUUCUAUUAAGGGCCUUAGCACACCAUAUUUCCCUGUUAAUGGUCUAAAACAGUUCAUUAUGGAAGCUCUGGAUGAUGCUGUUCGUAAAGGAAACCGUCCAAACCGUGAUCCUAUUGGAGGCAGCAAUGAAAAUCUCUUUGUUCCCCUGCUUAAACUUGCUGAUAAACUUCUGUUAGUUGGACUACUAGAUGACCAAGACUUAGAAUGGCUUCUGGUUCUUCUGGAUCCUGCAACCUUUGACAGAAACUACAAUGAAACGAGUGAGAACAAGUUGAAAGGCAUGAUAGAAAUGAAUGUGGCCGAAGGAGUAAAGCUUCAGAUAUGUUACCUGCUACAUCACUUGUAUGACUUACAGUUGAGACACAGAGUUGAAGCAAUUGCAUCCUUUUCUGAUGAUUAUGUAUCUGAACUACAAGGAGAUCAGUUGAGACGAUACAUAGAGAUCAAGCAGUCUGAUCUCCCGUCAUCAGUAGCUGCCAAGAAGACAAAGGAGUUCCGUUGUUCCCCAAAAGAACAGAUGCGAGCCAUUUUGUCCUUCAAAAACUCGGAAGAUGACCAGUCUGAUCAGUGUCCUUGCAGAGAAAACCUUCGAGAAAGCCUCAAGUAUUGUCAUAAGUCAAUGAUGAAGAAAGUCAUGAUUUGUGUAGCAAAUGAGGAGGAAGAGGAAAAUCCAAAUACAUCUAAUGAAGCAGAAUCAAGUAAACCUUGGUCCCAAAAGUUUAUAUCCUUGGUGAAGUUUGUUAACUUCUCAGAAGAAGAUCAAAAAGAAGAAGUAGAGGAGAGCAAACCUACACAAGAAGAUAUUUUUAUCAAAAAGAUGGUUUCCGUUUUAACAAUGUGGGCACAAGAAUCAGAGUUUGAAAACCGAGAGUUGAUUCGUCAGAUGUUUAAUUUAUUGUUGAGAACCUAUGAUGGUGUUGGACAGUUAAUGAAUGCCUUGGAAAACACUUACAUUAUUGGUAGCAGCAGCCAACAAGAUGUUGGAGAACUUUUAGGACACUUAGGAAAAGUUCGAUCUUUGCUUCCUGUACAGAUGGGACCUGAAGAAGAGGAGAUUAUGAGAGACAGUCUGUGGGAUUUAGUGAACAACAAAAUAUUCUUUCAACAUCCUGAUUUGAUUCGAAUCUUGCGUGUUCAUGAAAACGUGAUGGAUGUCAUGAUGAAUACACUGGGAACACAGUCUGCUGCUCAAGCUGCAUCCUCCUCUCCUGCAGCCACAUCCCCUUCAAGUCCAGGACAGGCUCAAGAAGCUUCUGACAAGGACACCUCUCAUGAAAUGGUUGUGGCUUGUUGCCGUUUUCUUUGCUAUUUCUGUCGAUCAAGCCGCCAGAACCAGAAAGCCAUGUUUGACCACUUAGAUUCUUUGUUGGAGAAUAGUAAUAUUCUGUUAUCUCGACCUUCGCUUCGAGGUUCAACACCUUUGGAUGUUUCUUAUUCUUCUUUAAUGGAAAACAGUGAACUAGCCCUUGCUUUACGAGAACACUACUUGGAAAAGAUUGCUGUUUACUUAUCCAGAUGUGGAUUACAAUCCAACCAGGGUUUAAUAGACAAGGGCUACCCUGAUGUUGGAUGGGACCCAGUUGAGGGAGAGCGCUACUUGGAUUUUCUCCGAUUCUGUGUUUGGGUUAAUGGAGAAAGUGUUGAAGAAAAUGCUAACUUAGUAAUUCGUCUUCUAAUCCGUCGUCCUGAAUGUCUGGGUCCAGCUCUGAGGGGAGAAGGACCUGGGUUGUUGGCUGCAAUUAAAGAAUCAAUUAUAAUGUCUGAAAGGAUUCAAGCAGAAAAAGCUAAACGGAUUGAGAAUGGUGAAGCAUCGGAUGAGGAAGAUGAAGAUUACAUUGAUAUGGGAGCUGCCAUUUUGAACUUCUAUUGUGCUCUCGUUGACUUACUUGGGAGAUGUGCUCCAGAGGCUGCCACUAUUGCUCAGGGUAAAAAUGACUGUAUCAGAGCUCGUGCCAUUCUACGUUCUCUUGUUCCUAUGGAUGAUUUAGAGGGGGUGCUUAGUCUGCGAUUUACUCUAAAAAUGCCAGAACUGAAGGCCGAUGGAGAACCAAAAAGUGAUCUUCCUUCUAGUUUAGUGCCCAAUCAUAAACAGUCCAUUGUUCUGUUUCUGGAGAGAGUCUAUGGUAUUGAAAACCAAGAAACUUUCUUUCGUCUUCUGGAGGAUGGUCUACUCCCAGACCUUCGGGCUGCCACCAUGUUGGACAGGCCUGAUGGUUCAGAGAGUGAUAUGGCCCUGGCUUUAAACCGGUACAUCGGAAAUUCUGUACUUCCACUUUUGAUCAAGUAUUGUCAUUUGUUUGCUGAUGCAGAAAAUUAUGCCAAUUUAUUGGAUGCAACACUUCACACAGUUUACCGUCUCUCCAAGGUCAAGAUACUUACAAAGGGUCAACGAGAAUGUGUAUCCGACUUUCUUGUAGCUCUUACACGGAUGAAGCUGCUGACCUUACAUUACGAACGAUGCAGCAAGUACUAUGGUGCAGCUGGAGGAGGCUACGACUCAGCCUCUGAGGAAGAGAGAAGACUUACCAUGCUGCUUUUUACUAACAUCUUUGAUUCACUAGCGAAAAUGGAAUAUGAUCCAGAGCUCUUCAACAAGUCUCUACCUUGUCUGACAGCUAUUGCUUGUGCAUUACCUCCUGAUUAUUCUCUAAAAACUGGAUUGGAGGAUGAGUGGUCUAAACAGAGUGGUCCAUCAGAUGGACCAUACAUUCCUGAACCAGUCAACACAGCUAGUGUCCAGCUGAAUCCGGAACUGAACAAUGUUGUACAGAAAUUUGCUGAACAUUAUCAUGAUGCUUGGGCAAACAGAAAGUUUGAAAAUGGGUGGAGUUAUGGUGAUUACUGGAACUAUGAAAGAAAAAUGCAUCCUAGAUUGAAACCAUACAAUCUUCUGGCUGAAUGGGAAAAAGAACGUUAUAAAGAACCAAUAAGAGAGUCUUUGAAAGCUUUAAUUGCAAUUGGCUGGAAGCUGGAGUUGGGAGACAGAGGAAAAGGUACCAUGUCCCACACUUCUUCUCAUGUGAGGAUGGUAUUUUAUUAUAAGUCAGGUGAUUCUCCACAUAACUACAACCCCCAACCAGUAGACAUGUCCAAUCUAACGCUAAGCAGAGAUAUGCAAAACAUGUCUGAAAGAUUAGCAGAAAAUGCUCAUGAUUUGUGGGCCAAGAAGAUGAAAGAAGAACUUGGUGGAGGUCUUCAUCCUCAAAUGGUUCCUUAUGACUUACUGACAGAUAGAGAGAAAAGGAAGAACAGAGAACGCUCUCAAGAGCUUCUGAAAUAUCUGCAGUAUGAAGGAUUUCAGGUUUAUGGUGUGAAGAAAAGACAUGGAACAGAGUCUGAACAAACAACAUCAUCAACAGCUGGAGAGAGAAGAUUUGCAUCCUCUUUAUUGGAAAAGCUUUUGCAGUACCUUGAUGUAGCAGCUAUUAACAUGAAGGUGCUGAAACCUAGUGCUAACUACAGCCGACGUAGCAGCUUCAAAACAUCCACAAGGGAUGUGAAGUUUUUCAGUAAGAAAGUACAAGCUAAAAUCCCAUCAACAGUUUUAUUCUGCAAGCUGGCUUCAUUGCUACGAGCAAAACUUAGUGUUUUUGGAAGUGAAGCUCGUAUUUCUGUUCGUUGUCUGCAAGUCCUGAUACGAGCAACUGAUGCAAGAACCAUCACCAAGAAUUGUCCAGACUUUGUAAAAACAUCAAUGCUGACAUUCUUUAACAAUUCAGCUGAAGAUCUUGCUCAAACUGUGAUCAAUCUACGACAGGGAAAGUAUAGCCACUUACGUGGAACUACAUUAAAAACCUCAUCAUCAUUAAAUUAUGUCCAGCUUGUCCUCCUGCCAGUUCUAACAUCCAUGUUUGAUCAUUUAGCAGCUUGUGAAUUUGGAAGUGAUUUGCUAUUGGAUGACAUCCAGGUUGCUUGCUACAAAAUCCUGAACAGCUUGUACAUUCUUGGAACAAACCCAGAACUGGCUGGUGACAGGAAAUUUGUCAAGGCUGAAAUUGACAGGCAUCGCCCAGCAAUUGGAAACUGUCUGGGAGCAAUGGCUAGUACUUUUCCUGUUGCAUUCAUGGAACCACAUUUGAAUAAGCAUAAUAAAUACUCUAUUCAUGGACGUCUUCAGGAGCAUUCCCUUGAAGCACAAGCUGUGAUGGCAGAUUUAGAAACUAGCAUGCCAACUGUUGAGGAUAUUAUGCAGCAGGUGGACAAAUUUGUGAACAGUGGUUCCAAGUAUUUGGAUGCUCCUCAUAUUAUUGAUGUCAUGUUGCCCAUGUUAUGCAGUUAUCUACCUUUCUGGUGGAAUCAAGGACCUGAUAAUGUGAACUUAACAACAGGCAACCAUGUUACCAUGGUAACAAGUGAGCAUCUCAACAAUCUCCUGAAGAAUGUACUUAACCUUAUUAGGAAUCAAAUUGGGACAGAAGGUGCUCCCUGGAUGAUUAGUAUUGCUGCUAAUGCUGGUCAGAUCAUCAUCAACUCUGCUGAAACACUGUUGGAAGAACCAGUUCUACCACUAGCAGAAAAGAUCUUUACACGUGCAGAAGCUGUUUUUCACAAGGAGGAACUAAUGAGAGGCUAUCUUAAGUCUUCUACUGAUGACACGUCUCAAGUUGAGGGACAGCUUCAAGAGGAAUUUUCUCUACUUGUUAGAGAUAUAUAUGCCUUCUUUCCUCUUUUGAUAAAAUAUGUGGAUCUUCAGAGGGCACAUUGGUUGAAACAUAACGUAAAGGAGGCAGAACAACUCUACAAUUAUGUGGCACACAUUUUUAACCUGUGGUCUCGCUCUCAGUAUUUCCGGCGUGAGGAACAGAACUUUAUCUCACAGCAUGAAAUUGACAAUAUGGCACUGAUCAUGCCAGCAGCUGGUAGAGGACGAACUGCUGUACAAUCUACAGAACAUACCACCACAUCAUCAAAGAAGGUAAAAAAACGAAGAGAUGGUAAAAGAGAUAAAGACAAAGAAGUGGCUUCCAGCUUGAUGGUUGCCUGCUUAAAACGUGUUCUCCCUGUUGGUUUGAAUCUUUUUGCUGGUCGAGAGCAAGAACUUGUCCAACAUGCCAAGGAAAAGUUCCUGAAGAGGGAACAAGAUUCGGACAUAUUUGAUUAUGUGAAAACUCAGCUGACUCUGCCAGACAAGAUUGAUCCUAGUGAUGAUAUGAGCUGGCAACACUAUUUGUAUAGUAAACUUGGUAGUAAGAAGUCAACACACACUACAAUGACAGUUACUGCUGACCAACUAGUUGAGAGGAUUAUUGAUAUGGCCAAGGUUCUGUAUGGGCUUCACAUGAUUGACCACCCCCAGGGGCAGCAGAAAGGGGUGUGGCGUAGCGUGGUUUCAACUCAGAGAAAGCGUGCUGUAAUUGCCUGUUUCCGAAUGACCUCGCUUCACAGUCUACCUAGGCAUCGAGCCAUCAACAUCUUCCUGAGAAUGUAUCGGGAGAUCUGGCUGGAAGAGGAGAACAAAGGACACGAGCAGCUUGUUGAAGAUCUCACUCAAUCUUUUGAAGAGGCAGAAGAGAAACGUGGACAGGUGGAGGAAGAGGAUAAACCAGAUCCACUGGCUCAGCUCAUUGUUGCUUUCUCCCGAAGUGCAACAACAGAACAUAGUGGAACAAUAACAGAAGAUGAUCUUUACAUGCAAUAUGCUAUCAUACUUGGUGAAAGUUGUGGAGGAGCAGAAGAAGAAGAUGAGGAAGAGGGAGGAGAUGAUGAGGCUGGACCAUCCAUACAUAAAAAAAUCUGUCUCAUGAUGGAACAAGAGAUGGAAAAACAAAGAACACUUUUCCAACAAGCACGACUUGCAGAUCGAGGUGUAGCAGAGAUGGUACUUUUGUAUAUAUCGGCCUGUAAAGGAUUUCAAGGACCAAUGGUUAUGAACAACCUGAAGUUGGGAAUUUCACUGUUACGUGGGGGUAAUGUUGAUGUUCAAAUGCGUAUGUUGAAACAUCUAAAAGAGAAGAAGGAUGUUGGAUUUUUCACAUCUAUUGCUGGUCUCAUGAACUCCUGCAGUGUGCUUGACCUGGAUGCCUUUGAACGAACUCAGAAGGCUGAGGGUCUUGGUGUUGGCUCAGAAGGAACAGCUGGUGAGAAGAACAUGCAUGAUACUGAAUUCACAUGUAAACUGUUCAGGUUCUUGCAGCUGCUCUGUGAAGGGCAUAACUUGGAAUUUCAAAACUAUCUGCGAACCCAAGCAGGAAACACAACCACUGUUAAUGUUGUUAUUAGUACUGUUGACUAUUUAUUGAGGUUACAGGAAUCAGUUAUGGACUUUUAUUGGCAUUACUCCAGUAAAGAGGUCAUUGAUCAACCGGGAAAAGAUAACUUCUGCAAAGCCAUUACUGUUGCCAAACAGGUAUUCAACACUCUAACAGAAUUUAUUCAGGGACCAUGCCCUUUGAACCAACAGGCCUUAGCACACAGUAGAUUGUGGGAUGCAGUAGGUGGAUUUUUGUUCCUUUUUGCCCACAUGCAAGACAAACUCUCAAAGAGUGCCAGCCAGCUUGACCUGUUGACCGAGUUGCUGGAGUUGCAGAAAGAAAUGGUUAUCAUGAUGCUCAGUAUGCUAGAAGGAAAUGUUAUGAAUGGAACUAUUGGUAAACAGAUGGUGGAUACACUUGUAGAAUCAGCCUCUAAUGUAGAGAAGAUCUUGAAGUUCUUCGACAUGUUCCUCAAACUACAAGAGCUCACGUCUUCUUCAUCAUUUCAGGAGAUUGAUACCAAAAGAAAUGGAUGGAUUACACCAAAAGAAUUUGAGAAAUCAAUGGAACAGCAGAAAAUUUACACUCGAGAAGAGAUUACCUACUUGAUGAGUUGUUGUGAACCUAACCAUGACGGGCUAAUUGACUACAGAGAAUUCACUGAACGUUUCCAUAACCCAGCAAAAGAUAUUGGUUUUAACCUUGCUGUUUUACUGACCAACUUGUCGGAACAUAUGCCUAAUGAUCCUAGGUUAGCAAGAUUUUUGGAAACGGCCAGUAGUGUUUUAAAUUACUUUGAGCCAUACUUAGGCAGGAUCGAAAUCAUGGGUGGAAGUCACAGAAUAGAGAGGGUGUAUUUUGAAAUUAAGGAGUCUACAAUCAAUCAAUGGGAAAAGCCACAAAUCAAGGAAUCCAAACGAGCCUUCUUCUAUAGUAUUGUAACAGAAGGUGGAGAUAAAGAAAAACUGGAAGCUUUCGUUAACUUCUGCGAAGAUGCAAUAUUUGAGAUGCAACAUGCCAGCAGUAUCUCAAUGGAAGAUAGUGAAGAGGGGCCAACUAGAGCUUCGGAGUACCCCUUUCCUGGAUCAGAGGAGGAGAAACCACCUUCAGCUCUGGAACCAGUGAAGCAAGGAUUGCGUUACCUCAAGGACAGUAUUCUGAAAGCCUUAUCCUAUCUGACACCCACCAAUCUUAAGAAGCAGUAUGCUGUGUUGCGACAAAAAACCUACAUGGAGUUGUUAAUUGGUUUUUUCAAACUCAGCUUCUACAGUGUUUUCAACAGCAUGUGGUUUAUGUAUCACAUCACAAGGUCUGUAAUAAAGGUCAUCAUUGUGUUAAUGGGAGGUCAACCAAUAGGACAACCACUGGAGGAAGAAAAGCCAGAAGAACUUCAUAAGCCUCGUUUUAUUGUUCCAACAGCUGUUCCAUUACCUAUAGAAGCACCACCUGACAUAUCUAGGAUAGGUGACCAUGCAGACAUCCCAGGAACUAUACAGGCAUUUGGAGUGGACAUCACCAAAGAAGAAGAAGGUGGUGAAGUGAGGUAUCACAUGGCACCAACUCAGGCUCAUCAGGAAGUUACUCCUCAGUCAAGUGUUGAAUUUUCUGAAGGGAGUGAGGAAGAAGCUGGAAAAAUCCAACAUCCUGAGAAGACACUUGAUGGAGAGUUACUUUUAGAUGGAGUAGCCCCAUCUGGGGGUGUUCAUAUAAAUCAGAUAGAUGGUGAUGUGAAGACAAAAGAGAGACUUUCUGGUUCGGUAGAAACAAGACUAGGCACAGAAUCUGGAAACCAAGCUGUUGUACCAGGAGCAUCUAGUGGCAAAGAUAAUGUUCUUCAGCAAGAUAUGCCAGCUUCCAUGGCAGCAGAGCCUCAAAAGAUGGUUGAGCCUUCUCCAGUGGCAGCCAUUGACUUGAGUGAAUACAUUCACAGGUUUGUGAGUUUCCUGGCAAGAAAUUUCUAUACUAUGAAGUAUAUAGCCCUCGUUCUAGCAUUUUGUAUCAAUUGCAUUUUGCUGUUUUAUAAGGUGACUACAGAUGAAGUAGAAGAAGUUAUUGCAGAGCAGCCUGAAGUUAGUGAAAUCCUUACCAACUUGACUGAAGAUUUGCUUGGAGGGGACAGUGAAAUUGAAGGUGGUGAGGAAGAUGAAGGAGACUUGGAGGAAUGGUUAAUAAUAGAAGAAAAGUUCUUCUACUUAGGGCCUGUGCUACGUCUAUUUGCCCUUCUACAUUCCUUUGUUGCUUUUUGCAUGCUGAUUGCCUACUACCACUUAAAGGUACCCCUGGCCAUCUUUAAACGAGAAAAGGAACUGGCAAGAAGUGUGGAAUUUGAUGGACUGUUCAUAUCAGAAGAACCAGCAGAGGAUGACAUUCGAAGUCAUUGGGACAAGCUUGUGAUAAGUACAAGUUCAUUUCCAGUGAACUAUUGGGACAAGUUUGUCAAGAAGAGGGUUAGGGAGAAGUAUAGUGAAACAUAUGACUACGAUGCCAUCAGUAACCUUCUUGGAAUUGAUAAAAGUGCAUCUUUUACUCAAGAUAAGGGAUUGGGUGGAUACUUCAGUUUUAUCACUGAUGUUGACUGGAAAUAUCAGAUAUGGAAAGCUGGAGUUACUAUUACUGAUAAUUCUUUCCUCUACAAUCUGUGGUAUUUUGUUUUCUCUGUGAUGGGUAAUUUUAACUACUUCUUCUUUGCUGCACAUCUUUUGGAUGUGGCCGUGGGUUUCAAAACACUCCGUACCAUCCUACAGUCUGUAACACACAAUGGAAAGCAGCUGGUGCUGACAGUGAUGCUCCUAACAAUCAUUGUGUACAUCUACACUGUCAUAGCGUUCAACUUUUUCCGCAAGUUCUAUGUUCAAGAGGAAGAAGACCAAGUUGACCAGAAGUGUCACAACAUGCUGACUUGCUUUGUCUUCCACUUAUACAAAGGUGUUCGUGCAGGUGGUGGUAUCGGUGAUGAGAUUGAACCUCCAGAUGGUGAUGAUUAUGAAGUUUAUAGAAUUGUGUUUGACAUCACAUUCUUCUUCUUUGUCAUUGUAAUCCUGCUGGCCAUCAUCCAAGGUUUGAUUAUUGAUGCCUUUGGAGAGUUGAGAGACCAGCUGCAAAGUGUAGUAGAUGAUAUGGAGUCCAACUGUUUCAUCUGUGGUAUUGGAAAGGACUAUUUUGAUAAAGUACCCCAUGGUUUUGACACCCAUGUCCAAAAAGAACAUAAUCUUGCAAAUUACAUGUUCUUCUUAAUGCAUCUGAUCAAUAAACCCGAUACUGAAUAUACAGGUCAGGAAACGUAUGUUUGGGAGUUAUACCAGAAAAGAUGCUGGGAUUUCUUCCCUGUUGGUGAUUGUUUCCGCAAGCAAUAUGAAGAUGAGUUAAUGGGAGGGGCCGGCUGAUCAGUUUUGUACCAUCCAAUACUUCUCUGUCAGUUCACUUUCAUUCAGUCCUACUUAUCUCAGGAUCACAGUAUACACUCUUUUCCUAGCUUGUAAAUUAGCAUAAAAAUAUGCUUACUGCUUGUGUAAGAAAAAAAAUUCAAAAGUUAAGGUUCCUGUUCCAAGAACCUAACCUUUCCCCCCCUCUUCACUUUCACCGUGUAAUAUUUUCUACAGCCCUCCAGUUUUUCUUUCUUCGAACAAUUUGGAUUGUGUUAUCAUUAAACUUGAUUUAGAAGUGUGUUCCAACAGGAAGAGAUAAGUAUUCCAUGAAAUUAAAUGAACAAAAGUGCCAAAAUCAGAGAAGAUAUUGUGAAUGUUUUAUUGAUUUUUGUGUAAAUGAGUUCUUUGAAUGACCUGUUUUCUUCAGAUCUUUUCUUUAAAUUCUUUUUUUUUUUGGUUAUAUAUGAAAUACCUGAUAAUUUGUUGUGUAUUAAGAUGAGGCUUAUAUUAACAACGUAAGAUUGUUAAACAUGUGCAUAUUGUAAAUUCUUUAUUACUUACACCAAGAAGUGACUUUUACACUCUUGACUAAAAAAUAAAUCAGAACAAUCUUUGCCUUAAUAUUAUUAUUCAGCAAGUUUCAACUGCUUCUAUAGUAUUUUGACACAAAUUAUAUUGUCUGCCAUGGUAGGAAUGUUUCCAUGCACAUUUUUCUUAUUCAGGUAGUAAAAAAACAAAACAAAAAUACUGUAGUUUGUGUUUGCCUUUACCUUUAUACAAACAAUUCACUGAAAGUGAAUAAUAAUAAAAUAAACCUACCUUCUA